AUGCGCUUCAGUUUCUGCGGCCCACUGCUCCGCCGCCUGCCCCGCCUCCGGUGGCCCCUGCUGGCCUACGCCGCGGCCUGGACUGCCGUCCUGACGGUGACGGUGGCCGUGGCGUCGUUCACGCCGGAGGUUGCCUUCGUGUACUCCACCGUCCGGCCGGCCUCGCUGUCAUCCCAGGCGUGCCGUGAGCCGGGCUCCGUCAGGCUGCCGUUAGAUAUUCCGUCCGAGAUUUUCUGCUUUCCCGGCCGGUUUUUCAAGCGGUCGGUGUUGGAUAUGUUUGUACCGCCUGUUUUUGCUGGUGUUAUCGUGGCCGGUUCGGCUUGCGUGAUUAAAGCCGUUGGCUUGUGGGAGGCUGAGGAUGAUGAUGAGCAGUUAUGA